UCGGCGUUUUCGAAAAAUAAUAUGGCGUCCAUAAGUCUCAACUUCAGUUCUGCAUCAUCAUCCGUUAGGUCGAAAAUAAUCAGCUAAAAAUAAACAAGUAUUCACAUUAAUUUUCCCAGUUCGUUUUAUGCACAGACAAUUAUUGUUUAGUUGUUUAAUUUGAAUCGAACAUGAAGAUCACAUUGAAAAAUCUACAACAACAAUCAUUCGUGAUUGAAAUGGAACCAACGAUAACGGUCAAGCAACUCAAAGAAAAGAUCGAAAAAGACGCUGGCGCCGAGUAUCCUUCGGAAAAUCUGAAACUGAUUUAUGCUGGAAAGAUUCUCAACGACGAGAGUCCUUUGUCUGAAUAUAACAUCGAUGAGAAGAAGUUCAUCGUUGUUAUGGUCACAAAGCCAAAACCACCAGAAAAAGCUAAAAGUGGAGAUGGAAAUCCUGAUCAAAAAAGUUCUCAGUCAUCCACUCCCACCACAGCGCCUCCGCAGGCUCAGCCUGCCGCCACCCCAGCACCUGCAGUGGCAGCAACAGAGGCACCCUCCACAGCAGCAAUUACCCCAAUCACGGGAGAUACCACAGCCUUGAGCAGCACAGCCGAAUCAGCACUGUUGAUGGGAGAAGAGUAUGAGAAGAUGGUCAAGAAUAUAACCGACAUGGGUUAUCCUAGGGAUCAGGUUGAGCAAGCGCUUAGGGCCAGUUUUAACAACCCUGAUCGGGCUGUUGAGUAUCUCAUCAAUGGAAUACCGGCAAAUUUGGAUGAACAGGAAGCUGUUAGUGCAGAUAUGUCUGGAGUGGAUGAGAGACAGUCUGAAGCGGGUGAUCCUCUUGCAUUCCUCAGGACUCAACCUCAGUUCCAACAGAUGAGGAUUGUAAUUCAACAGAAUCCGCAGUUGUUGAAUGCCGUUCUUCAGCAGAUCGGGCAAACGAAUCCUGCUUUACUUCAGCUAAUUUCUCAGAAUCAAGAAUCGUUUGUUCGGAUGUUGAAUGAACCUGCGCCGGGUCAAGGAGGGGCAACUACGCCUGCUAAUGCGACUACUGGUCAAGGGGCUGUUCCGCCUUUAGCUCCUCCAGCUGGUGCAUUACCAGCCGGAACAAUACAAGUAACGUCACAGGAUAAAGCCGCCAUCGAACGACUCAAAGCCUUGGGCUUCCCCGAACAUCUAGUAGUGCAAGCAUACUUUGCAUGCGAUAAAAAUGAGAAUUUGGCAGCCAAUUUCUUGCUCUCGCAAAAUUUUGAUGAUUAAGGCAUUUUUCUAGAAUUUAAAGAUAGGCUGAAAAAUCUGACAAAUAAUAAGAAUUUUGUUUUGAAUUGUGCAAAGUUUUGGGCGUUUGAAAUCGUACCUGCCGAGGAUUUUGUUCAUAUCGUGUACUUUGUACGUCCCUAGUUGUCAUCCAGUUAUACGUUCAUGAUUUUUCCCAAUUUCUCAUAAUGUAUUUUUGCUGUAAAUAAAACUAGCUGGAGAUUAGUCUGAAUAUAUAUUGAAGCUUAUAAGUUUUUCUUUGUUGAUUUGUUUAUUCUUUUAUUUUUCUUGUAAAAUAGCGCAAGCCGAUUUUGAGCUUGGUAUGUUUCGGUUUGCAUGAAUAUCGAGUUUUUCUUGAAUUGGAAUGGAACUCUGGAUUAUUUUUGUAGAUUUUUCAAAAAAAAAAAUGACUGUUUUACCAGAAAGGCUUUUCUUACAUAUUGUAAUUCAAUUAGGAUAAUUAUAUUGAUAAAAUAGUA